AUGGCGCCCAAAGUUCUCGUGCUUAUCUACUCCAUGUACGGCCACAUUACGCAGUUGGCGCGUCAUGAGGUGCAAGGUGUGAAAAAGGCUGGCGUGCACUGUGACCUGAUGCGGGUGCCGGAGACCCUGCCCGAAGAGGUCCUGAAGAAGAUGAACGCACCGCCAAAGCCGGAAGAUAUUCCAGUGCUUCAGGACCCGGCGAAGCUCGCUGAAUAUGACGGAAUUUUAUUCGGUUACCCGACAAGGUACGGACAGUCCCCGGCGCAGAUGAGUGCGUUCUGGGAUGCAACGGGCAGGCUCUGGAUGUCUGGUGCGCUCCAAGGCAAGGCCGCGGGUAUUUUUGUCUCGACGUCCACCAUGCAGGGCGGACAGGAGACCACAGCGCUGACCGCUCUAACACGGUUUGUGCACCACGGCAUGAUUUUCGUUCCACUCGGCUAUGCAGAUCCCAGCAUGAUGGAUAUGAGUCAGGUUCACGGGGGCACGCCGUACGGCGCGUCGACCUUUGCCGGACCCGACGGGUCGCGGCAACCAAGCGAGAUGGAGCUUCGUUUGGCGGAAAUCCAGGGAGAGCGAUUCGCGAAUUUUGUCAAGAAAAUCGCCUCUUAA